AUCAUUGUUAAAAACAUAUGAUAGUAUAAUUAAGCCCAAACCGGAAAAUGGUCAAACGCAACAAUAAUAAAUUUUAAAGACAAAAAAAUUGUUGAUAUCUUUUACACAAUUGGAUUAGUUAUUUCAUUAAUAAAUGAUAUUUACCCACUCUGGUGAUAAGUAUCAUUAGCCCCUCAACUACUUACUAUAAUGGAUUUAAAUCUCAUCGAUUUAAAUGACGAAUGUGAAAAUAUUUUGAACUUUUUUGAUCCCUUAUUAAAAAAAUCUAGUUCAUCUAAAAAUUAUCAAUAUAAUAAAAAUGCUUUAAAUAUAUGCCCAACUUUAAAGAAGGAGGAAAAGGUUAAUGAAGGAAUUGUAACACCUAUUAACGAUUCUAUUAUCAUAAUUAAAAACACAAAAUCAAUCGAAGAAUUAAAAACAUUAAUUCACAUUCUUUUGAACAAUAAUAAAGCACAUACAAUAUAUGAAAGCAGAUUAAUGCUAAUUCAAAAUCAAAUUAAUAGAAAACUGAAAUUCAAUUUUCUUCCUGCUUAUACAUACAUAUCAGAUUUUCAAAAUUCUUACAAUGCACUUACAUUUAAAAUGAUUGUUUGGUAUUCCAACACCAAUAAAGUCACAUUUACUUGCAGUGGCUCUAACACGACUGAACAUAUCUUGGAACAGGUUCUCUGUUUUUUAUCAACCGACUCUUUAACCCCAAAUGGUGAUAAUAAAAGCAUUAACAAAAACAAAAAUGACGAUGAUAAAAGGUCUGUGCCGUUUUUUAUUGACAUCGAAAAUCGUGAAAUCGACCAAAAGCGAUUGUAUAAAACUGACGAGGAUACACUCUAUGUGCUCAGGGUUAAAGAUAAGCGAGACGUACUCUACGCGAAAAAUAGUCGCUUUGCUGCUGGCGACCUUCAAGGGUUGUUAAAGCCAACACCGCUGCAUCGUUUCUAUUACGUACGGGACUGUGUUCGCUCUGGCAAAGAUGUACAACUCUACCUCGACCAGUUAUCCCUCUCAAAUUCUAUUUACAUAUUCAACGAAUCUAAAGAGAAAGUUCCUUUCGUUUACUUUUCACCGCUGAUCCAACAUAUAGACGAUGUAAUAUCCAAAUUUAUAAAUCGUUACUCGCGAUUCAUAACAUCACCGAGAGAAGGCUACCCUCUUGCCCCGGGUGCCAUUCCUAUAUCUUAUUACACUCUCUCCGUUAUUGCUGAUACCCUUAACAGUUUAUCGCUUAAGCUGGCUAAUAUCGCUCUCUCUCCAGAACCUGGCUCGCUUCUUUAUCGUCCAGCCAUAGCUCUAGUCCAAGCGGUGAAGGCGGCUAUAGUGCUGUCUGGAUACCGCGACGCGGAAACAAACGAGCUAAAUUCUAUGGUCGCGCGACUCUUGCAUGCUUGUCGACGUGAUAACAUGACGGAUGCACGAGAGGUAAUCCAGAUUUCCACUCAACUCAAGCAGGCUACGGUCGAUAUGCUCAAUAUGUGUUCUAGUCUGACCGAGUUUCGACUCGAGAUCAAUGGUAACUCGGCCCUGGCUAACCAGGAACAGGAGUACCUUGUGGAUGUCGGAACAAUGGAACCGGCAGUAAAAGAAAAGAAUGAAGGAAAGGAAUUGAUCAUUGAUAAAACAGGGUUCUUUUACUUGACGAUAAAAUCACUUCAUAACAUAUCCCGUCAACUUGAUAUAUCUACUCAGAGCUGUUACCUACAGAUAGAUCUAUGCCAUGGAACCAAAACUUUAGAGAUCCAAAGAGUUCCCAUCAACACCGUCGCUCAACACCAAAACUUAUCAUCGUUCCUUGAAUUCGACCAUCAGAUGCGUUCCUCAGGCGACCUCCAGGGGGGAUCCGUUACCAAGUUCAAGUACGUUAUUGAUUCAUGCAUCAAUUUCCAAACGAAAAUAUGCCUUUUACCCCUCGAGUCCUAUCUGACUUUCAGCUUAGUAUUACCGCUCACCACCUCAUCUUUGCCCGUUUCGGCUCAUCCCUUAUUUCCUUCCAACGAUCCACUCUUGGGAAUCGGUUUUAGUGGGGGAACCAACCAAUUAGCUCCUCGUUCUGAUUUAAUCGGAUGCUCACCGGUCUCUACCACUUUCUCCGUUUUCGAUGAGCACGAUACCAUUAGGUCUGGGCCCCGUCUCAUAACACUUCUUCCAAAUCAGCGUAGCACGUCCAAUUAUGAUGAUGUUUCCGCAACCGUUUUAAAUCCACAAUACCCACUCAUAUCUACCACGCUGACCCCUCUUCUAGCCUCUGAAAGCCGGGAAAGGUCCGUUUCAAAUUUUCAUGCUCGUCCUAUCUUGCUACAAUUUGAUCUUUUACAUUCAGUGGACCGCUUUUACUUCCCACCCGAUAGUCUUUCCGUAAUGCAGUCUAAUAGAACAAUUUUUAAUACAAUAAUGGAUCAAACAUGUAUUGAACGAGACCUGCCGCUAGUGACCUUAUCUUCUGAGAGCGAUGAAUUAAGUGAUGGCAACAAAACUUUUACUAUAUUGGAUAAUAGCGAUGAAAUUGAUUCGCGCACUUUGCUCCAACCUUCUGUCUUGGCUGAUAUUAAACAUGCUCUACAUAAAUAUGAGUGUCUCUUACCUUUGGCAGAGGACGAAGCGGAAACUAUUUGGGACAAGCGAUGCGUUUUGCUGCAAUUGUUACCCCUGCAUCUCUGCAUCCCGCUUGUUAUUGCGUCAUCACAUUCUUGGGCCUGGACGAACGCUAUACAUGUGUACCGAUUUUUGGACGAGUCUUCGGUCCCGAAACGAAUUAAAAUAAAGGAAAAAAACUCGAUAGGUGAAAUAGAUGUCGGUAAUUUGGGUUCACAUUCCUUGGACAUAAACUCUUGGCUCUUUUUGCUUCUUCCCGAUUUUCCCGAUCAACGCGUGCGUCAAACAGCCGUCGAUUAUCUGUCACUUCUGAACGUAGAUAUGCUAGUAUUUUACUCCCCUCAACUGGUUAUCUUGCUCUUAAAGUUCGAAGCUCCUGCCUAUUUGUCUUCUCGGGUUAGAUUCCUCGAAUCACCACUCUUAAUUCUUCUUCUCGCGCGGGCCGAAGAGAACCUUCGAUUCGCGAUCCAUCUGUUAUGGAGCCUUAGCUAUUGGGUUCACAAAAGUUACACUUUCUUCGAGUCUAAUGAUACUUUAGUAGAUCAUAAUGAAGGAUGUGUGCCAGUGGUGGAGAAAGAGGAGACCGAAAUGGCAGGGAUCGUGAUGGACUUAAUGUUAAGCCGGCGGAACGACGAGUUAGCUGCCUCCUUUGGUUUAGCCCGCCACAUGUUUCUCCGCCAACUUCCACCCAUUGCCGCAACCCUUAAGCGAGUUAAGGAUGACAAAGUGAGACGGAGCGGGUUGCGGGUUCAACUUACUCGACUAAACAAUCAAUUAUUUUUAGCGAAACCAGAUCGCCAAAACCCACCCAUACGCCUCCCUAUCGAUUGCGGGUUUGAUUGGGCCCGGCUUGAACCCGAACGUUGUACGUACUAUAGCUCCAAAACCGUCCCUCUUAAACUCUGCUUUAACGAUUCUCUUGAAGUUAUGGAUAGCGAGCCAAAUCUAGCUUAUUUAAUCUACAAAAGCGGUGACGACCUUAGACAAGACCAAUUUUGUCUUCAAAUGAUAAAAUUGAUGGAUCUCUUGUGGCUCGAGGAAAAUCUCGAUUUGAAUAUAGUGACCUUUUCUUGUUUGCCCUUAGCCGAAAAUGAAGGGAUCGUAGAAUAUUUGGAAGAUUGUGAGACUUUGCGAAAUAUUCAAAACACCCAGGGCAUAUCCGGCACCUUUAGAAAUCAGUGCAUAUAUGAAUGGCUUCAACGUCACAAUACCCAAGAGUUAGAUUUCAAAAAUGCCAUUAAAUAUUUCACUCGUUCUUGUGCUGGUUAUUGUGUAGCCACCUAUAUAUUGGGCAUAUGCGACAGACACAAUGAUAACAUUAUGAUUAAAAGAUCUGGCCAUUUGAUCCACAUCGAUUUCGGCAAAAUAUUAGGAGAUUCUCAGAUGUUUGGAAACGUUCGAAGAGACAGGGUUCCCUUCGUAUUUACUUCUGAUAUGGCUUAUGUAAUUAACCAGGGUAAUCAACUUAGUUCUCAUUUCCAAGGCUUUAUUGACCUCUGUUGCGAGGCCUUCAACAUUUUGCGAAAGAAUUGCCGAAAGCUGUUAAACAUGACCAAAAUAAUGGAAUAUGCCCAGAUUCCGGGAAUUCCUUUAAAUUCAACCGAGUUCGUGCGAAAGACUUUAUCUUUAGAUCUGAACGAUACUCAAGCAACUUCUUUAUUUACCAAGUUGAUCAAGGAAAGCCUUUCAUCCAAAUUCACCCAAUUUAAUUUCUUCAUCCAUGGUCUAAUGAAACAUACUGGGGAUUCCUCUUACUCCUCGAAACAUAUCAAGUAUACCACGAUCUCUCAUCCCAUUGCUCAUGUUAACGGUAAUGAUGGUAGUAUUUAUAAUAUUCCCAGGAUCCAAUAUGAUCUUAAAUCUCAAGCAUUCUCCUUUACUAACAAUUACUUCACUUUAGCUGAUACUAAAGAGGAGAUAGAGAAUGUGAAAGUCGUUGGAUUGCAGAAAAUUUAUCAAGUCGAUGGCAAACUUUAUGUUUACCAUUGCAGGGUACAAUAUCAACGUACCCGAGGUCCGAUUUCUGUAUACAGAACCUACCCAGAAUUUCUAGAGCUGAGAGCCAAAUUGCGAAAACGUUUUCCUCUUGCCGAUUUACCUCACCUCCCUCCAAACCUCCGCUUUUCUUCUCUAGCAGCUUCCAUCUCAUCUACCAAUGUUACUGAAACUACCUCAUCAACAGCUUCCCAUAACAAUACUAAAUUUGCUUCAUUUUACAAGGGUCGCGUAUUGGUAGACCAAUUUUGUCAAGCCAUUUUCGCCCUGGCACACGAGGUGGGGCAGUCAGGUCCCGUUAUAACCUUCUUCUAUCCUAUGGUUAGAGAUCAACGCGAAAGAUACUUUGACGAAUGCCCUCUUAAGCUGAGUCUACAGUUGGAUUUGACCUUGAACGAUCAGCAGUCUUCAGCCUUUUUGCCUUCCAAUUUUUUGACGAUCGCCGAUGACGCUAGGGGGGUUAGUAGUGCGUUAAGAAUAAACGAAUCAUUUGGUCUACCCCAGAUCAAGCUAAGCCUUUGUUGUGGUAGCUUAAAUCCCACCAACACUUAUGAUACCUUGCAAAUUUUAGUGAUUCAUUGUAAAAAUCUGUUGGGAAGGGAUGGAAGCCUCCCGGAUCCUUACGUUAAAUUGUGCCUCGAACCUGAUAAGGCCAAAAUAACGAAACGAAAAACUCAUAUAGUUUUCAAGGCCUCUCAUCCUUCCUUCAAUGAUAUGUUUGUGUAUCCGCUCCCACUCGAGCAAUGUAGGACCAAAACACUCAAAAUUUCCGUGGGCAAUUUUCAAAGGUUCAAAGAAAACGAAAUUUUGGGCAAACUUAGUAUACCAUUAUCUAAUUUGGAAGCUAAUAAAACACUCGUAUCUUGGUUCAAUUUAACUGUGGAUUAGUAAAGUCAUAAUCAAAUUAUAUCUUCUGCAUUUUCUAUUGAAUAAAAUUAUUGUUAACUAAUUUAUUAAUGGAAAAGUUAAUUAUUAGUAUAUAUAU